AUGGCUGACAGUAAGCCAUCUGUGACUGACAGAUGGCUGACAGAAACACAAAACCAAAACUUAUCGUCACAAAACAAACAUAAACUUAACAAUAAAAUUAGAAACAACACGAACGAACGGCAGGACGCCACGAACGGACGGCAGGACGCCACGAACGGACGGCAGGACGCCACGAACGGACGGCAGGACGCCACGAACGGACGGCAGGAAGCCACGAAUGGACGGCAGGAAGCCACGAACGGACGGCAGGACGCCACGAACGGACGGCAGGACGCCACGAACGGACGGCAGGACGCCACGAACGGACGGCAGGACGCCACGAACGGACGGCAGGACGCCACGAACGGACGGCAGGACGCCACGAACGAACGGCAGGACGCCACGAACGAACGGCAGGACGCCACGAACGAACGGCAGGGACGCCACGAACGAACGGCAGGACGCCACGAACGGACGGCAGGACGACACGAAACGAACGGCAGGACGCCCACGAACGGACGGCAGGACGCCACGAACGGACGGCAGGACGGCAGGACGCCACGAACGGACGGCAGGACGCCACGAACGGACGGCAGGACGCCACGAACGGACGGCAGGACGCCACGAACGGACGGCAGGACGCCACGAACGGACGGCAGGACGCCACGAACGGACGGCAGGACGCCACGAACGGACGGCAGGACGCCACGAACGGACGGCAGGACGCCACGAACGGACGGCAGGACGCCAACGAACGGACGGCAGGACGCCACGAACGGACGGCAGGGCGCCACGAACGGACGGCAGGGACGCCACGAACGGACGCCAGGACGCCACGAACGGACGGCAGGAAGCCACGAACGGACGGCAGGACGCCACGAACGGACGGCAGGAACGCCACGAACGGACGGCAGGGACGCCACGAACGGACGGCAGGACGCCACGAACGAACGGCAGGACGCCACGAACAGACGGCAGGAAGCCACGAACGGACGGCAGGACGCCACGAACGGACGGCAGGACGCCACGAACGGACGGCAGGACGCCACGAACGGACGGCAGGAAGCCACGAACGGACGGAAUAGAGUUCCGGAAGGAUGA